GAUUAGGAAUCUUUCCACAAACCUUAGGAGCUUUAGGACACACUUCUAUUUUGCAGGUAACAAUGUAACUCAUGGGUAUGGUGAUGGGAUGGAAGAGAAUUGACAGGAAGGACCAUUAUUUUUUUUUUACCAGGUAGACAAGGUGCCAUCCAUAUAAUUAUUUGAGGUUCCUAUCAAUUCAAUCUUCUUGGUGUCCUGCCAGUUUGGAUAUUAGAAUAUUGUUGAGGAGUGCGAUGGAUAAGAAGGAGAAAAAUUUCCUCACGGUGGCACCUUUUGAGUGUGCUUGGCUCAAGGAUUUAAGAUUCAGGGAAGCAGGACGGGGUUGUGUGGUUUUCGAAGCUUCCGCUCAUAACGAUGUCACGUUGGUGUUCCGGGAGAAUGUGGGAAGUCAACAUUACCAUUAUAAACGAGACAGCAAUCCUCAUUAUACAGUCAUAUUAGGUAGUCAUCGAAAUCGACGUCUAAGGAUUAUUGCUGAUGGGAAAACUGUUGUUGAUGUGGAGGGUGUUGCUCUUUGCAGUUCUGCAUUUCAGAGCUAUUGGAUCAGUGUCUAUGAUGGUUUGAUCAGCAUUGGGAAGGGGAGAUACCCUUUUCAAAAUCUGGUCUUCCAAUGGCUUGAUACAAAUCCAAACUGUAGCGUUCGAUAUAUUGGACUUAGUAGCUGGGAUAAACAUGUGGGAUAUAGAAAUGUUAAUGUUUUGCCGCCAACGCAGGACCAUAUUUCGUUGUGGAAGCAUGUGGAUAAUGGUAAUGAAGGCGAGGCAGACAAGGAACUGGAGUUAGAAGAUGAAUACAUGGAUUACAAAAACUGGGGCCUUGAACAUUUUCUAGAAAGUUGGGAUUUAUCUGAUGUGCUUUUUAGUGUAGAUUCCGGAGAAACACUUGUACCUGCUCACAAGGCUAUCUUAGCUGCUUCGGGCAACUUUCCCUUGAAUUUGUUGGAAGAUGUUGUGCAGCUACAUGGAGUAGAAUAUCCAGUUCUUCAUGCUCUUCUUCAAUAUAUCUACACAGGUCAAACUGAGAUUCUAGAGUCUCAACUUGGUUCCUUGAGGGAUCUAGCCUCACAAUUUGAAGUGACAGCCUUAGUGAACCAGUGCGAUGACAUUAUGGAACAAUUUAAACUGAACAAAAAGUUGUUUGACUCGGAUAAAAGGGUGGAAAUAUCAUAUCCAAAGAUUCAACCAGGUUGUAGUACAGUCUUUCCCUCCGGGCUUCUAGUAAAUGUGCAGAGGCUCAAACAAUUACAAUGUUCUGGCGAGUUCAGUGAUGUAUGCAUAUAUAUACAAGGUCACGGAUUUGUUGCCCAUGUGCACAAAAUCAUUCUUAGCUUAUGGAGCAUGCCAUUUGAAAGGAUGUUCACAAAUGGAAUGAGUGAAACAAUGUCCUCUGAGGUUUAUAUCAGGGAUGUAUCACCAGAGGCUUUUCAAACCAUGCUCAAAUUCAUGUAUAGUGGAGAACUCAGUAAAGAUGUUACGAUGGAGUCUGACUUCUUGUUACUUCAACUACUGCUUUUAGCCGAUCAAUUUGGUGUCACUCUUCUCCAUCAAGAAUGCUGUAAAAUACUUUUAGAAUGUCUUUCAGAGGAUUCAGUAUGUUCCAUCCUUCAAGUUGUUUCAUCAAUUCCAUGUUGUAAACUCAUUGAAGAAACUUGUGAGAGGAAGUUUUCAAUGCACUUCGAUUAUUGUACAACUGCAAACAUUGAAUUUGUCGUAUUGGAUGAGACAACUUUUCGCAAAAUCCUUCAGUGUCCUGAUUUGACUGUGACAUCUGAGGAAAAAGUACUCAAUGCAAUCUUAAUGUGGGGUUUAGAAGCUAGUGAAUUAUGUGGGUGGACCACGGUAGAUGAGCUAAUGACAUAUUCAGACCCCGAUAUCCUUUUUGGCAAGAGAUUUCAAUCAGUCCAGGAUUUGCUUCCUCUUGUGCGAUUUCCGUUACUCCCGUAUACCUUAUUGGAGAAGUUGGACAAGAGCAGCAUUAGCAGGAAGAUUCAUAGCUUCAAGAAUCUUAUACAGGAGGGUAUCGACUUUGUGAAACUUGAACCAUCAAGGCUAGAGGACAAGAAAAAGAACAAUGUGAGAUUUCAACAUAGACGGUCUAGUUAUAAAGAGCUGCUAUACAUCUGUGAUGGGGACAGCAAUGGAGUUCUAUUCUUUGCUGGCACCUCAUAUGGAGAGCACCAGUGGGUCAAUCCCAUUCUUUCAAAGAAAAUUACUAUUACUGCAAGCAGUCCACCCUCAAGGUACACAGAUUCAAAGGUUGUGGCUUCAAGAACAUACCAGGGAACUUCCUUUGCCGGCCCUCGCCUUGAAGAUGGGCAGACUUAUUCAUGGUGGAUGGUUGAUAUUGGCAAAGAUCAUCAGCUGAUGUGCAAUUACUAUACAUUGAGACAAGAUGGGUCAAGGGCAUUCGUCAGAUACUGGAAUCUCCAGGGAUCAUUUGAUGGGAAAACUUGGACGAACUUGCGAGUACAUGAGAAUGAUAAGACGGUGUGCAAGCCGGGGCAGUUUGCAUCAUGGCCAGUAACUGGACCAAACACUCUGCUUCCAUUUAGAUUCUUUCGUGUUCUUCUUACAGCUCCAACUACUGAUGCUUCAAAUCCAUGGAACUUGUGCAUUUGCUUUUUGGAAUUGUAUGGCUACUUCCUCUAGCUUGCUAUACCUGUAUUAUACACCAUUUCCUUCUACGCCCAUUUCUUGUUCUUGAGCUGUAAAUUGUGCGGCUACAUCACACCGUUUCACUGUAAUUUAAAGGUUGAGUUGCUUGUAAGGAUUGUCUAAGAACUUUUUAAUCUCGGAUAUUUUGGAAUAAAGAUUUUUGGGUGUGUUUGGAUUUUU